AUGCUCUUGGACUGGACUCUCCGGAUCUUUGCUGAGGAGGAGGUCUUGAUGAACACCAAGUCAGAAACGUCAGAUCUCAGAUGGACCAUCUUUUCCCUUGCCAAGCCUGAGUGGGAGGAAUUAAGCGGUUUGGAUGAAGAAAGUAACAGCGUGAGGACUUAUGAGAUCUGUCAGAUGGACAGCUCAUCCAGCCAAUGGCUGCGCAGUGGCUACAUCCAGCGCGGAGAUGCGUCUCAGGUGUAUGUGGAGCUGACAUUCACCAUGAUGGAGUGCUCCUCUCGGGGAACUCACCACCGCAGCUGCAAAGAAACCUUUAACCUGUACUAUUACGAAGCUGACACUAACGAAGCCACUGCCACUUACCCGCCCUGGAUGGAGAAACCAUACAUCAAGGUGGACACAGUCGCUGCAGACUUUCUCCUGAAAAAGGGAGGGGUGAGGAAGUCCAAUGUGAAGACUUUAAGACUUGGUGCCUUGUCCAAAAGGGGAUUUUACUUGGCUUUCCAGGCUCAAGGGGCUUGCAUGGCUCUGCUUUCUGUCAGGGUGUUCUUUAAAAAGUGCCCGCCUCUGGUCAGCUCUCUCUCCUCUUUUCGUGAGACCGUCCCACGUACCCUUGUCCAGGAGGCCCAAGGCGUCUGUGUGGAGCAUGCCUCACAGCAGGGGCCAAUUCCCCGCCCCCCAAAGCUCUUCUGUGGGGAGGACGGCCAGUGGGUGGGCCAGCCGACCACAACCUGCGCCUGCCUGCCUGGGUUCGAGCCAUCUGAGGGCAACACUAGAUGCACAGCCUGUCCAGUGGGUCAGUUCAAAUCGGGGACGGAGGGCAGGUGCACAAUCUGCCCUGACUCUAGCUACACCACCAUCAGAGGCUCAUCGGAGUGCACGUGUCGCCCUGGGUUUCUGCGCUCACAAACGGACGCUCCUGAUGCGCCAUGCACCGUGCCCCCAUCUGCCCCACGCAGUAUCGUCCCCAAGAUCAACAACACGACUCUGACCCUGGAGUGGAACGAGCCGCUGGAAGGUGGUGGCCGCUCAGACCUGACCUUUUCUGUGCGCUGCAGCGUGUGCCGCUCAUCCAGAGGGCCGUGCUUCCCCUGUGGAGACAGCGUCAGCUACAGGCCGUCACAACGCGGGCUGGUGGAACGGAAGGUGGAGGUCUGGGGCCUGCUGCCCCACACCACCUACACCUUCACUAUAGUCGCACUGAAUGGGGUGUCACAGAUCAGUGGCAGAGAGCCAGCCAGUGACAGCGUCAACAUCACCACGAGCCACGACGUUCCAGCGCUGGUGUCUGUGAUCCGCAAGAGUAACUCCACUGAGAGCAGUUUGACUCUGCACUGGACCGUACCUGUGCAGCCUCACAACACCAUUCUGCAAUACCAGCUCCGCUACUGUGAGAGGGAGCGCCGUAGCGAGGACCAGUGCUUUUACACCGAGAGCAGCAGAAACCAGGCAGUGCUCACAGAUCUGCGCAGGGCCACUCAGUAUGAAGUGCAGGUCAGAGCGCGGACCAUGGCUGGAUAUGGCAGCUUCAGCCCCACCGCCAUUUUCCGCACGCUCCCUGAUGGACUUGACUCUCCUUCUCAACUUGUGGUGACUGGCAUCCUUAUCGCGGUCGGACUGCUGCUGCUCGUCACUUUCGUCUUUGUGGCGGUCUACUGCAUACGCAGACACGGCAGAAUAAAGGAUCCUGAACUGGGCGACAAAACCAGCCACUACCUUAUUGGCCAAGGGGUCAAGGUUUAUAUCGACCCUUUCACCUACGAGGACCCAAAUGAGGCAGUGCGAGAAUUUGCUAAGGAAAUUGAUGUUUCCUUUGUCAAGAUUGAAGAGGUCAUUGGCGCUGGAGAAUUUGGGGAGGUGUGUCGCGGACGGCUGAAGAUCCCAGGGAAAAAAGAAAAUUAUGUUGCCAUAAAGACGCUGAAGGGGGGUUACACUGAAAAGCAGAGGCGGGACUUCCUGUCUGAGGCGUCAAUCAUGGGCCAGUUUCAGCACCCCAACAUCAUUCACCUGGAGGGCAUCAUCACAGCCAGCUGCCCUGUCAUGAUCAUCACCGAGUUCAUGGAGAAUGGGGCACUGGACUCCUUCCUGCGGAUGAACGACAGUCAGUUCACUCCCAUCCAGCUGGUGGGGAUGCUGCGUGGCAUUGCCUCUGGCAUGAAGUACUUGUCAGAGAUGAGCUAUGUUCACCGAGACCUCGCUGCCCGCAACAUCCUGAUCAACAGCAACCUGGUGUGCAAGGUGUCAGACUUCGGCCUGUCGCGCUUUCUGCAGGAGAACUCCUCAGACCCCACGUACACCAGCUCACUGGGCGGAAAGAUUCCCAUCCGGUGGACUGCGCCAGAAGCCAUUGCCUUCAGAAAGUUUACGUCCGCCUCAGACGUAUGGAGCUACGGCAUCGUUAUGUGGGAAGUCAUGUCCUUCGGGGAGAGGCCGUACUGGGACAUGAGCAACCAGGAUGUAAUAAACGCUAUAGAGCAGGACUACCGCCUACCCCCUCCUCCUGACUGCCCCACACACUUGCACCAGCUCAUGUUGGACUGCUGGCAGAAGGACCGCUCGGCUCGUCCACGCUUCUCCGAUCUCGUCAGUGCUUUGGACAAACUCAUCCGCAACCCAGCGUCACUCAAAAUAGUCGCCCAGGAAGCUGCGGGGCCGGCCUACCCCCUGCUCGACCAGCGCGCACCUCUCGCCCCCUCGUCCUGCUCCUCAGUGGGAGAGUGGCUCAGGGCUAUCAAGAUGGAGCGCUAUGAGGACAGUUUCCUCCAGGCGGGCGUCACCUCUGUGGACCAACUGGCCCAGAUCAGCACACAAGACUUGCUGCACAUGGGGGUGACUUUGGCCGGCCAUCAGAGGAAGAUCCUGUGCAGCAUCCAGACUAUGACUUUUCGAAACAAGAGCACUACCACAGUCACCUUCUAG